GCUCAGGGCCGCGCCCCGCGGCUCAGGGCGGGGGUGGCCGCCCCGGGGGGGCGGGCGGCCCCGCGAUGGCCAGGAAGCCCCAGCGCGGGCCGUACCUGGCCCUCAUCGACAGGGAGUGCAGAGAUGCAGAGCCCAUGGGAUGGUGGACUCACCAGGAGUACGUCUUCGACGAGCUGUUCCUUAAGAAGCUGUGGCACAAAGCCCAGGAGCUUGGCUACUUCACGGAGCCAGUGAAGGGCGGAGGCAAGAAGCUGCACGUCACGAUCUUCCGCCACUUCUUCGAGAGGUUUCACGACCUUUUGGACGAAAAGGAGCCGACCUUCGACGUCGAGCAGUUCGGUGCUGCUACCUCGAGUGCUUACUUGACCUGGACUGACCUCCGAAAGGUGCUCGAGGCGGAAGGCGACGCAGACUCGAGGCUCCCCCGAGUCAGGCUGACGUUCGCAGAGCAGUGCAACUGCGUGUUCGAUGGGCGGUGCGCUUCUGCGUUCGACGGGCAGCAGGGGCAGGGGCAGGGCGAGUCCUACCUCAGCUGGUCCGUAGGCCUCGUCAUCUUCAUCGCGAUCAUCAUGAACGUCAUCCAGAUAUUUGGUGGCGUGGCGGAAUGGGUUGGGGACGUUUGCGCCCUAAUCUUCACGAUCGAGUACGUGUGCAAGUUCGCCGUGGCGCCAUUCUGCAGGUACGGCAUCUUCAACGAGGACUGGCUCCUCGAGACGGUGGUGCCGGACCCGAAGGACACGGAGCACGUGCUCCCUGCGGGCAUGACGUCGAGCAACCGCCUCGCGAAGUUUUUCUUCACACCCAUGAACCUCAUAGACCUUCUCUCGAUCCUGCCCACGUUGGUGGAGCCAGUGAUCAAGCUGCUCGCGGGAAGCAGCGAGGACGGGGGCAUGAACCUGACAUUCCUGCGGGCCCUGCGGCUGUUCCGGAUUUUCCGCAUCCUGAAGUUCGGCAAAUUCAGCUCUACGCUGACAGUUCUGGGGGUGACGAUCGGCAACAGUGUGCAGGCCAUCGGUGUGCUCUGCCUGUACAUACUGAUGAUCGCGAUGCUCGCGGGCGCGGUGAUCCAGCAGUUCGAGAAUCCAGGGGACACUGCUCCCGAGGACGAGGAGCUGGCCAAGGCCUUCGGGAACGUGCCGAUGGCGAUGAAGUGGGUCGCUGGGCGCAUGGUCACCAUGCAGCACAGCCUGCCAGAGAAGAAGGCACUUCCUCAGCACCUCGGGAGCGCGUUCAUCGUGAUAUUCCUGGGCCUGUUCAAGGGCGUGAUCUUCGUCCUGCCGAUCGCGACGAUCACCACGGCGUACAGAGCCGCGGAGAGCAAAAACAAGAGCCAGCAGAAUUUGCAGAGAGAGGUUGCAGAUAAUAGAAUCACCCCUCUCGGGACGGAGUGGAGCAAAGAUCCCAACGCUCCUGCAGCGCGCGUUGAAAUUAGAGGCGAAGCUGACCAUGACUCUCCCCUGAUCGCAAUCGGAUCGUUCAAUUUACCCUUCUUCAGAGAAGGUGCGCGGCCAUGUGAUGUGAAGUUUUGGGUGCCGCUCGUCGGCUCGCUGAAGGGCAUGUUCAGAGGUCACCCGGGCGUCGAGGUCAGGGUGACCUGGCAGGCCGACGAGGCCUCGAGGCCGAGCGAGAGGCUGCCGAAGGGCAGGCUGACUGUCCGCGUGAUCAGCGGCGCAAACUUCGCCGCCAGGGCAGGCGCGCGCUGGCACUGCGUGGUGGAGGUGCCCGUCAAGCUGUACCCGGAGGACGAGGAGGACGGCCAGAGCGACCACCUGCUCCGGAGGGAGUACCGGCAGACCGGCGGAGACGGCUCGUCGCCGGACUUUGACACCGAGCAGGACUUUGCCGUGUGGUGGGAGGACAAGGGGAGCAGCAAGCAGAGCCCAGAGGAGUGGCGGAGGCAGGUGCUCGAGAUGCUCCAGCAGCAGGGCCAGAAGCUUGAUACGCUCCAGUCCAGGGCCAGGGCGCAGAAGUGAGCUGCGACGUCACGCACGGCAACGUUUCCGUCGGCAUUGUCGUCAGUACGGGGGCCUCGCCGAAGCCAGUACGUAGGUCUGUGUAUCUGCCCAAUGCAGGGAUACCGAUCGUUCGAGGCGCUGGGCACCUCCGACACUGGUAGCUGUCCAAACACGAGACGUCUGAAGCUCCUCGAUGUUUGUUCAGCGCAGCAUGCGCCAGACAAGGUUUCAGGCGACCUUUCACGCACGCUUCGAGCAUCUUUCCGAAGUGGGUUAUCUUUAACUCUGCAGAUUCCCAGCUUCUCAGAUCAAUAUUUGCGAGCUGGCUGGAUUCUAUGUAAAACAUGCCCCUCGCUGCCGACUGCCG